AUGCGGGUUGUGGAAAAGUUCUUGAGGUCAUUAACCAACAACUUUGAGAAUGUUGUAUGUACAAUAGAAGAGUCAAAGGAUCUAGCAACGUUCACGGUCGAUGAGCUCACCGGUUCUCUCGAGGCACACGAGCAACAUAAGAAGAAGAAGGAAACACUCANGUCCAUGAGCUCACCGGUAGAGGUUGUGGUCGUGGAAGUCGCGAAAAUGGUCGAGGUAGUCAAGGCAGCGGUCAUAAAGGAUACUAUAAGGAGAAGGUACAGUCGAGCCAAGCAAAUUGGCGUGGAAGAAGACGCAAUCGAGGAAGAGGCGGCCGAUCAAUUUAUUCAAACAUUUAGUGCUCCAAGUGUCACAAAUAUGGUCACUACAAUGGGGCAUUUUGCACGAGAUUGUCGAGUCGAUAAAAAAGUGGAAGAAACGAUCAACCUAGCCUUGGAUGACGCAACAAACGAAGGUAUUCUCUUGAUGGCUCAAAAUGAAGAUCUGAAAGCAAAAGAACACAGCGGCGCGAAAGAUGAUGGCGACGGUCGUGAGGCGGUGGAAGCCAUUGGAAAUGAGGGGAUACACAGUGGAUUUGGCGAAAUCACGAUAUCGGAGACGAGAAAAUCGAAGAAGGAUGAACAACUGUAUAACAGAGAGCUUGAGCUCGAAGAGAGAGAGCUUCAAUGGAUCAUGAGCAGGAGAACAGAGAUUCAGAGCAACAACCCAAAACUGCUAUGGAUAAAUCUGUGGAGAAGUCUCAGUUGUAGACAUUGA